GCAGCAUAGCCAUCUAUAGGAAGAACCUAGAUACGUGUUAAUAAAUAUACUUGUGUUACUACUGGAAAAUUCUAUAAGCAAUAAAAAUCUCGGAUUGUUAAUAAAUAAUACAUCCUAACGUCAACAAGUAUUGUUAUACGGUACUUCAAAUGUUAGGAAAGUCGAGCAUUACUUUACUGACAAUUUUAGGAAUUGCUAGAAAUAUUGGAGUACAGUAUAGCAAAGCUAGCAACAACUUCACCGUCGCCGGCAUGCAUUCAGUAGCUUAUGUGACGGUUCCAACUCAGGAAUUUGCAAAGAAAUUAGCACAUGAUAUCGUGAAAAGUAAACUUGCGGCUUGUGUUAACAUCAUCCCUCAAAUAACUUCAGUAUACGAGUGGAAAAACGAGAUCAAUGAGGAUAACGAACUACUUCUGAUGAUUAAAACUAGAACUGAGGUUGUUCCAGCUCUAACUGAAUUUGUCAAGAGCAAGCAUCCUUACGAUGUCUGUGAGGUAAUAUCGUUACCAAUCCAAAAUGGGAACGAACAGUAUCUGAAUUGGAUCAGUGAAGUAGUACCUCCGAUAGAAAAAUCAACAACAGAUCCUUAAUUAAGUUAAGCAUACUGAUACUCAUUGUUAUAAAAUAAUGUAAACUACCAAACAAAUCAUUCGAUCAUUAACACAAUUGCAUAAAGAAAGUCUAUAACUUUCUUGUAGCAUUUAUCAAAAGAAAAUAAACAUUAUAAUGAUACUUAAUA